GAGGGCCAAGCUUCCUAGCCGCCCAGAAGGGCCGGAAAUCAAUGGAACAGCUGGCGCGGGUUUCGAGGCCUGUUUCCGGCGUCGUUGCACGUUAGGAGCUCCCGGCGGGCCUCCGGGAGGACUGUGCUUCGUGAAGGCAGAGCCCUUGUGCGUUGCUCACUGCUGCAUCCCGUUGCCUGGUUGAGCACCUGGCACAAGUGGCAACCACCCCUUAAGUGUUCGUGGAGUGAUUCACAACCACCACACGCUCUGAAGGAUGAACGAAGCCUCGGGGGACAUAUGCUCAAGUACUGUGGCUGCUUUGGUUUCCCCCUGUGUCCCAGCCAGAGACUAUCUGGAAGUGGAGGUUUCUCAGCCAGGACACAUGGAUACUCAGCCACCAAGCCUCAUGGAGGCUGUGACAUUUGGUGACGUGGCUGUGCACUUCUCGCGGGAGGAGUGGCAGUGUCUGGACCCUGGCCAGAGGGCCCUCUACAAGGAGGUGAUGCUGGAGAACCACAGCAGUGUGGCCGGACUAGCAGGAUUUCUGCUCUUCAAGCCUGAACUGAUCUCCCGGCUGGAGCAAGGGCAGGAGCCAUGGGUCCUUGACCUGCAGGGAACAGAGGCAAGAGAGGCACGAAGGACCCUCCAGACAGAUUCUACAAUCAGCACUGAUGGUGAGCAGGCUGGUGAAGAUGUGCACAUGCUAAAAUCGGAAUCCCUGACAGCGAUGGUCAAAAUCCCCCCUUGGGAUUAUCCUCAGAGUCCUGGCUUUGGAGACACUUGUGAUUCUGAGGUCUGGCCAGAGAGUAAGCUAAGCUCUCUCUUUCAGAAACACCACUUGCACACAGAGACUGUGGCUCCCAGGAAGACCUCUGCCAAGGAGGAUAAACAGGGACAUGUCAGCCUGGGUUGUCAACCUGAGAAAAGUCAGGGGGUUGCUGUAGACGGGCCAUCUCGAAGAUGCGAUGUGUGUGGCAGCAGUUUCAGAUUCAUGGCUCUGCCUCACUUCGGUGUACAGAAGAAAUCUAACAGAUGUCAGGAGUGCGAGAAAAAGUUAUCUGAUUGCUUAAAGGGGAAACAUCAAAGAAACUAUCAUGGAGAGAAGCCAUAUGAGUGUGGGGAAUGUGGGAAAGUCUUCAGGUUGUGCUCACAGCUUAAUCAGCAUCAGAGAAUCCACACUGGAGAGAAACCAUUCAAAUGCAUAGAGUGUGGGAAAGCCUUUCGCCUGAGCUCAAAACUUAUUCAGCAUCAAAGAAUUCAUACUGGAGAGAAACCCUACAGGUGUGAGGAGUGUGGAAAAGCCUUUGGUCAGAGCUCCAGCCUUAUCCACCAUCAGAGGGUGCACACAGGAGAGAGGCCCUAUGGCUGUCGUGAGUGUGGGAAGGCCUUCAGCCAGCAGUCUCAGCUGGUCAGACACCAGAGGACUCACACUGGAGAGAGGCCCUACUCAUGCCAGGAGUGUGGGAAGGCCUUCAGCCAGAGUUCAACCCUGGCUCAGCACCAGCUGAUGCACGCUGGGGAGAAGCCUCCAGUUCCAAGAACCCUGGGUGGUGCCAGCCUUGUUGCACACCAGAGAAUCCACGCUGCAGAGAAACCGUUUAAGUGUGAUGAGUGUGGGAAGGCUUUCAGGUGGGUCUCUCGGCUUAGUCAGCACCAGCUGAUUCACACUGGAGAGAAACCAUAUAAAUGCAACAAGUGCGCAAAAGCCUUCGGUUGUAGCUCACGGCUUAUUCGCCACCAAAGAACUCACACUGGAGAAAAACCAUUCAAAUGUGAUGAGUGUGGGAAGGGCUUUGUCCAGGGCUCACACCUGAUUCAGCACCAGAGAAUUCACACCGGAGAGAAGCCCUAUGAGUGUAGUGAUUGUGGAAAAGCCUUCAGCCAGAGCUCAAGCCUCAUUUACCAUCAGAGAAUCCACAAGGGAGAGAAACCCUAUGAGUGCCUAGAAUGUGGAAAGGCCUUCAGUAUGAGCACACAGCUCACAAUUCAUCAGAGGGUUCACACCGGGGAGAGGCCCUAUAAAUGUGGUGAGUGCGGGAAAGCCUUCAGUCAGAACUCAACCCUUUUCCAACACCAGAUAAUUCAUGCUGGAGUAAAGCCCUAUGGAUGCAGUGAGUGUGGGAAAGCCUUUAGUCGAAGUUCAUACCUUAUUGAGCACCAGAGGAUUCACACACGUGCCCAGUGGUACCAUGAAUAUGGGGGCACCCUGGAGGGUUCUACCCAUGUGAGCCGUAAAAAAGCUAACACUGUAAAGAAACUACACAAAUGUAAUGAAUGUGAGAAAAUAUUCAGGUGGCGCUCCCAUCUCAUUAUACAUCAGAGGAUUCACACUGGAGAGAAGCCUUAUAAAUGUAACGAAUGUGGCAAAGCCUUUAAUCGGAGCUCAAGGCUCACUCAGCAUCAGAAGAUUCAUAUGGGAUAGACCACUCACCUCUUUAAAUGUGUGUAAGUGGGAAUAAACCCACAGCCUUAACCUACUUAAGUUAUAUGGGAUCAUUGAUACUAACAAGUUAGAAAGUAAAGAUUCAGAAUUGCUCUUUUAAAAGUAUCCAAGUUCAUACAAAAUGUGUUUAUUGCUGGGAUUCUGAUCUUAUCCCACUCCAUAACCUGGUGUCCCUUGCAUCAGGGCAGUCUUGUAUAGAGUUCUGAGUGCGCAGAGGGAUGACCCAGGUUCUGCAGCUGAGGCCUGAAGUCCUGUGAGCUCUGCCCAAUGAGGUGCUCAGUGUCUUCAGCAACAGUACACUCAGACUGGCUUAAGUAAGGAUGUGUGAGCAUGCAUGCGCUGAAAUCAGAAGAGGAGUGUUUGGAAUUCCCUUCUGCCUUCACCUGACUCCUUUUCUUUAAACCUCUUCCCCCUUCAGCAGCCCAGGCAUGCAGCCACCCAGGGUCAACUUGAGUUUCCACAUGGGCCAAGCCACUUUGAUUAAUCUGACUGACAGGCUGGGCCCAUGUUCAUUCACUUUGUCUCACAGAGCAGUUACUGCAAUGGAGGCCACUGGAUGAGACAGACCUGCCACAUUGACCCCCUCCCUGU